AUGUUUUCUCUGACGUGUGUGAUCGCAUUAUGCGCAGGAGUAGCUUUCAGCUCGCCUAUCGAGGACGGUCGUUGGAAUCCAUACAAAUACGGCGACUCGGGCAAAUACAUCCCCUCGGACGAAGGCAAAUAUAUACACAUACCGAAUCCAUACAUCCAUCUAGACAAUCCCUACGAUGGAGGAUAUGGACCAUAUGCACACGAACAUGAGCCUUACGUAAGUGCCGCCACGCAGGACACCUACAGGCUCGUCCUUACGCCGCCCAAGGAUAUACCUUUCUACAAAGAUGGGUACUAUAAGAACAAUGGCAUCAAGAUUAUCAGCCAGAAGCACAACUACAAAGAGGACAAAUACGACUUCGAUUUCGAGACGGAAAACAAAAUCCGAGCAAAGGAGGAUGCCGUUUUGAAAAAUCCAAACACGAUCGACGAGGGCAUCGCAUCAAAGGGUUUCUACGAAUACAUCGGUCCUGAUGGAUUUAUGUACAGGGUGGACUACACCGCCGACGAGAACGGCUUCCGUCCCAAGGUGAAACGGCUGGAGACCCCCUACUCGGGAAAAUGGGUGCUAGAAAAAGUCAACUAG